UCAGGCUAUGCUCACGUUCUGUCCGCUGAUGAGGCAGAGAAACACUCCGUUCAUGACGUGGUGAUGCCACUGCCGGGGUUUGACGUCAUUUAUCCCACUCACAGCGUGGGUGGAGGCUACAGAGACAUGCUGAGCGCUGAUGACCUGGACAUCGAUAGCAUGAGGCACAAAGUUCGGGAUUACUCUCUGGCCGGUGCUUACAGGAGGAUCCUCACUCGCCCCAGUGACGUCAGCUGGGAGCUGAUCCAGUAUGAUGAUCCACGAGUGCCUCUUGUUCACACAGAUGUGGUGAAAUUAGAAAACGCUCCAGCUCCGGUUUACCUCAAAGGUCCAAAACACACACAUUUACUCAGCUCUCUGAAUAGGGACGUUCUAUAGACUUCUGUUGGUUUAUUCUCUGCCUGGCCAAAAAAUGUCACACACUCUUUUUCGUUGCACCGUCUUUAGCUUUGAUCACAGUGUGAAUUGUUUCCACAGCCUUGCACAACAUCACAACAUUUAUUUCCAUCAAAGGUUGCAUUAAUCUUAUAUUGCCAAUGGGAGAGUGGAAGCACUCUGUAUGUGAUGUCAAGUCACCUUUAUUUGUGUAGCGCUUUAUACAAUACUGAGUGUCA